CCUUCAGGUACCGUACAGUAUAUAUAAGAGGAGCGGCCAGGCAGUACCAGCAGUCUUCAUCACUACUACACAAUGAACGCCAAGGUACUGUUUCUCCUGGGUCUGGUGGCGGUGGUUGCUGCCGACAAGCUCCCGACCUCCUAUGGUCCACCUGCCCAGGUAUCCAGGUACGCCUCAUCUGAGGAGGAGUCUGAGCCCCCCAAGUAUGGAUACAACUUUAACGUGCAGGACGGCGACACCGGCAACGACUUCGCCCACCAGGAGGACCGUGAAGACGACAACACCAAGGGGUCGUACACCGUGCAGCUUCCCGACGGUCGUCUGCAGACUGUAACUUACUACGUGGACGGUGACUCAGGCUACGUGGCCGAGGUCAGCUACCAGGGUGAGGCUCAGUACCCCGAAUCUGAAGAGUCCAGGGAGUACGCCCCACCCAGGCCCCAGUACUCCGCCCCCCAGUCUGAGGAAUCUGUGGAGGCUCCCGUGUACUCUCCACCCAGGCGAUCAUACGGUGCCCCUCAGUAACUCGUCACGACCCACCUUCGAAGUCACACAACUGUAACUCACAACACGUAUGCACUUUUACUAGUGUAUCCUACUGCUAAUGUCAAAUUCUUCUUCUAAUAACUUAAAGAGCGUCUUUGACUCCGUAUCUCCCACAUUCCUCAGUUACAAAUAAUCUAUCUUUCCCCAGUUUGUAUCAUAUUUAUGUGUAUGACAUUUAUGUAAGGUUAUCAUCAUACUGUAUAUUGGAAAUACCUCUGUAUGAUAUAUGAUUAUUUAUUAAACUAAGAGAAUUUGAA